UAUAUAGAACAAUAUGUAUUAUUGUUAUUUUUCAAACUUUAAAUAAUUGAGUAAAAUAUGAAACGCUACGAAAGCUCAGUAGUGUUAGGAAGAGCUUAGAUAGAGUUCAGAGAAAAUCUUCGAAGAAUGUAAAUUGGACUCAAGAAAAUGGUACGAAAAAUCUGGAUCAUGACGUAAUUUUAUCUGGAUAACAUCUAGGGAAAGUUUGGUCAGAAUUUAGGAACAACUAGGUAAAACUUGGAGAAAAUUUGUGAAAAAUUCAAAAGGAACACAAAAAAAGAAGACAGAAUUAUUAUCAAUGGAUAGAAGAGGAACCCCGUGAAAAUCGUGUAGUAAUCGAGAGAACCUGGAAGAAUCUAAAGACACCUUAAAUUAGAUAAAUUGUCGAAAGAUCCCAAAAAGAAUUGAAUGAAAUCUUAGAGAAAAAUUUAAGAAGAAUUCAGGAAAGCGUAGAAAAGUUUUUUGUUUUUGGAUAUAAAAUACAUGAAUAAAUGAAAUGAGUGGUGGGACACUUUUCUUUUUAUCAGUCCCUACAUUAAAAAACUUCAACGCACAUAUAGUUUAUACAACUAUUAUACGGGAUGAAAUAGUAUAGAUUAUAGAUUCGUACACACUAUACUGGUAUCUACAGUUCUGUAGAACGUAUCACUGUCAGAGGGUUGUUUCAGAUACAGGCAACGAGUGUUCGAAUUUUAAAAGAAAGAAAAUGGCAUAUAUUCAUUACCAAAGGAUUGUAACAUUAGUAAAUUACUUGCUUUCUGCAUAGUUCAUAUAACUUUUCUUUUGAAUAAUUAAUGCUGUUAUAGAGUAACGACAUAAUUUUUCUAUGCUUUUAUCAUCAUACAAGCUUAAAAUAGUGCAUGCUUGCAUUGAAUGGCUUACCUAGCAUGGUACUACCUGGUGUUCCUGGUAGGUAUCUUUAUUUUUCUCACAGCCAAUGACACCCGCCAUAACAGGAAUGGAAGAACAGGAAAAAUUACUUGAAGAUGCAAUUGGCGUAGUCAAAGUACAAGCUUUUCAAAUGAAACACUGUUUGGACAAAUCCAAGUUAAUGGAUGCAUUGAAACAUGCUUCUACAAUGUUAGGAGAACUUAGAACAUCUCUUCUAAGUCCAAAGAGUUAUUAUGAAUUAUAUAUGUCUAUUACCGAUGAGUUAAGACAUUUAGAGCUUUAUUUGUUAGAUGAGUUUCAAAAAGGAAGAAAAGUUACAGAUUUAUAUGAAUUAGUGCAAUAUGUUGGCAAUAUUGUACCUAGACUGUAUUUGCUUAUCACAGUUGGAUUGGUAUAUAUCAAAACAGCUCCUGGUUUGAAAAGAGACCUGUUAAGAGAUUUAGUAGAGAUGUGCAGAGGAGUCCAGCACCCUCUGAGAGGUCUUUUUUUAAGAAAUUAUUUAUUACAGUGUACCCGUAACAUUUUACCGGAUGUUGCAGAAGGAGAUGACGAAGAUGGAAGCGUUCGUGAUAGCAUAGACUUUGUUCUGAUGAAUUUUGCAGAAAUGAAUAAAUUAUGGGUACGCAUGCAACAUCAAGGUCACAGUAGAGAUAGAGAAAGAAGAGAGAGAGAAAGAGAAGAACUUAGAAUUUUAGUAGGCACUAAUCUUGUACGACUCAGUCAGUUGGAAUCAGUUACUUUAGAUAAGUAUGAAAAGCUUGUUUUACCAGGAAUUUUGGAACAAGUAGUUAGUUGUAGGGAUGCCAUUGCACAAGAGUAUCUCAUGGAGUGCAUAAUUCAAGUUUUUCCUGAUGAAUUUCAUCUGCAAACGUUAAACGCAUUUUUGAAGUCCUGUGCAGAACUUCAAAAUGGCGUAAACGUAAAAAAUAUAAUUAUUUCAUUGAUAGAUCGUCUUGCAGCAUUUAGUCAAAGAUCAGACGGUGUAGGAGGGCCAGGAAGUCCAAAUCAAGUACCUGGAAUCCCACAGGAUGUAAAACUAUUUGAUGUUUUUAGCGAUCAAAUUGCUACUAUUAUCCAGACUCGACAAGAUAUGCCUCCAGAAGAUAUAGUUUCUCUACAAGUAGCUCUUAUUAAUCUAGCACACAAAUGUUAUCCCGACAGAGUGGAUUAUGUGGAUAAAGUUUUAUUAACAACUGUCCAAAUUUUCCAAAAACAGAAUGUGGAUAAACUGGAAUAUAAUAGUGCUGUGUCAAGAGAGUUAGUAAGGUUGAUGAAAAUUCCAAUAGAUAAUUAUAAAAACAUACUAACUGUUUUAAAACUUGAUCAUUUUGCUCCGCUACUAGAUUAUUUUGAUUUUGAAGGCCGGAAGUUAUUAGCAAUUUAUAUAAUAACAAAUAUUUUAGAAAAUGAAACUUUAAUUCCAACUCAAGAGCAAGUAGAUGCUGUACUUUCUAUGAUAUCUCCGUUAGUACAAGAUCAACCUGAUCAACCCAACAUAGAGGAAGAUCCUGAAGAUUUCGCAGAAGAACAAGGACUUCUUGGUAGAUUAAUACAUCAUUUUAAAUCUGAAACGGCUGAUCCACAAUACAUGAUAUUAAGUGCUGCCAGGAAACAUUUUAGUGCAGGUGGAAAUAAGAGAAUAAAAUACACUUUACCACCAAUAGUAUUUCAGGCUUAUCAGCUAGCUUUUACAUAUAAGGGCUUGAAAGAUCAAGAUGAAAUGUGGCAAAAGAAAUGUCAAAAAAUUUUCCAGUUUUGUCACGCAACUAUCACGGCUUUAAUGAAAGCUGAACUGGCAGAAUUGCCACUAAGGCUAUUCCUUCAAGGUGCAAUAGCAAUAGGAGAAAUUCGUUUCGACAAUUUUGAAAUGGUUGCUUAUGAAUUUAUGAGUCAAGCAUUUUCAAUAUAUGAAGAUGAAAUAAGCGAUUCCAAGGCUCAGCUAGCAGCCAUUACAUUAAUUAUUGCUACGUUCGAGCAAAUGAGUUGCUUUAGCGAAGAAAAUGCGGAACCGGUUCGUAAUCAAUGUGCUUUGUACGCCAGUAAAUUAUUGAGAAAACCAGACCAGUGUAGAGGUGUUGCUACUUGCUCUCAUAUAUUUUGGUCAGGAAAAUCAUUAGCAACAGGAGGAAAAGAGAUGCAAGAUGGGAAUAAAGUGUUGGAUUGUUUGAAGAAAGGUAUCAGAAUAGCAAGCCAAUGUAUGGAUACUUCAGUUCAAGUACAACUUUACGUUGAAUUAUUAAAUCAUUAUAUUUAUUUCUACGAGAAGGGAAAUACAGCGGUAACCGUUCAAAUUUUAAACCAAGUAAUCGCAAAAAUUAGGGAAGAGCUUCCUAAUUUAGAAGUUAGCGAAGAAACUGAACAAAUUCAAAAACAUUUAGCGAAUACAUUGGAACAUUUGAGAAAUAGGAUGGAGUCUCCGGAAGCUGACGGUCUUUCAUAUCAAGGACUUGUCCUGUAAUAUGAUCGAUAUAUUUACUAAUUUUGUACAUAAAGAACUCGCUGAUUGUUAUAUGCAAUAAUUAUAAGUUCUGAAAUCAAAAACGCUUACUAAGUACAGAUUUCUAUCAUCUAAAGGACAUCAAUUUUUCUGCAAAAAGUAAGUUGUUAAAAAAUGUAUUAUUUGUUAAGCCAUAAGAUAUAAUCUGUAUAUUUG